CACCCCCUCGCGCGCGCGCCACCAGCUGAGUGCGGAAGUGGUGGACGCUUCUGUGCGGCUGCGGUUCCGCCAGAGACGGCUCGCCCAGUCCUCCCGCGGGGAAACCUCCGGUAUUUGCUGGUUCUGCUCGAAUAGCGGCCCGGGACGGACAUGGCUGGACGGCUGCCGGCAUGUGUGGUCGACUGCGGCACAGGGUACACCAAGCUGGGCUAUGCGGGGAACACGGAGCCUCAGUUCAUCGUUCCGUCAUGUAUCGCCAUCAAGGAGUCGGCGAAGGUGGGAGACCAGGCGCAGCGGAGGAUGAUGAAGGGCGUGGAUGACUUGGAUUUCUUCAUCGGGGAUGAAGCCGUAGAUAAACCCUCGUAUUCCACUAAGUGGCCGAUACGUCAUGGAAUCGUGGAGGACUGGGAUCUGAUGGAGCGCUUCAUGGAACAAAUCAUCUUCAAGUACCUGAGGGCGGAGCCUGAGGACCAUUACUUCCUCCUGACCGAGCCGCCACUCAACACACCAGAGAACCGGGAGUACACGGCAGAGAUCAUGUUCGAGUCCUUCAACGUGCCGGGGCUCUACAUCGCUGUGCAGGCUGUGCUUGCUCUUGCGGCCUCCUGGACGUCCAGGCAGGUGGGGGAGAGGACGCUCACAGGGACGGUGAUUGACAGCGGGGACGGUGUCACACAUGUCAUCCCUGUGGCUGAAGGCUACGUGAUUGGCAGCUGCAUCAAGCACAUUCCCAUCGCUGGGCGGGACAUCACUUACUUCACCCAGCAGCUCCUGAGAGAGAGGGAGGUGGGCAUCCCACCAGAGCAGUCCCUGGAGACGGCCAAGGCGGUGAAGGAGCGCUUCAGCUACGUGUGCCCGGACCUGGUCAAAGAGUUCAGCAAGUACGACACGGACAGCUCCAAGUGGCUGAAGCAGUACACCGGCAUCAACGCCAUCAGCAAGAAGGAGUUCACCAUCGACGUGGGCUACGAGCGCUUCCUGGGCCCAGAGAUUUUCUUCCACCCAGAGUUCGCCAACCCGGACUUCACCCAGCCCAUCUCGGAGGUGGUGGACGAGGUCAUCCAGAACUGCCCCAUUGACGUCCGGCGUCCUCUCUACAAGAACGUGGUUCUGUCCGGAGGUUCCACCAUGUUCAGGGACUUUGGCCGUCGUCUGCAGAGGGACCUGAAGAGGACCGUUGAUGCCCGGCUGAAGAUGAGUGAGGAGCUGAGUGGAGGCAAGCUGAAGCCCAAACCAAUCGAUGUCCAGGUCAUCACUCAUCACAUGCAGAGAUAUGCGGUGUGGUUUGGUGGAUCAAUGCUGGCAUCCACUCCCGAGUUCUACCAGGUCUGCCACACCAAAAAGGACUACGAAGAGAUGGGGCCGAGCAUCUGCCGCCACAAUCCCGUGUUCGGGGUCAUGUCUUAACUCCAGCCUGGGACGUCCCGGCGCCAGGCGGCCCGUCGUGAUGGCAGCAGCAAACCACAUUUAUAGAAGAUGACCUUUUGCUUUUUGAUAAAGAUGGAACAUAUCAUAUCAUCUGCUUUUGUUUGAGGGUUUCUCUUCACUUCCAAACACGCGUCUGUAUCACAGUCAGAGCUGCUUGAUAGAUUUUUAUGUAAACCUCAGACAUUAAAAUGCUAAAAGCCAGUAUCCGUAUCUGACUGUGGACGCUCCUCACAUGUGGACACAUCAGAGCAUGCUGACACCAAACAAGUUCAGAUUCAGACCGGAACCCUUUGUUAAAUGCAAAAUCCUAUCCCAGUGGAGUUUGUGCACUUCAACUUUUCAGCCCUCCAAUAAAGGAGACGAUCUGUUUCUACGU